GAGUGGAAGAGGGGAGAGAGAGAGAGAGAGAGAGGCUCCAGAUGGUGUUUAAACGCAGACAGAAGGCUACAGCGAGGACAGAGAGAGGAGGAGGAGGAGAGCCGCGGUUACUGCAUACAGUGGGCCCGCCAGCUCCACUCAUCACAGAAGAACACUAAAUAAGACGCAAAACCCUACAUUGAGAAACCGACGGGGGAUAAUCAACAACGGAAAAAAAAUAAAAUAAAAUAAAAUCGGCCUAAAUAUGCAGAGCCGGUUGUGAUUUUGUUGAGGAGAAGUAACUCUAAACCACGCCGUGUCGCUCAGACAGUCGGCGGAAGAUCGGUGCGUCGGUGGAACAGACGGACCUCAGAGAAACGUGGUGUAUCACAAGAGUCCACAGGCUGUAAACAAAGUGCGCUUUUACAGACACGAAAAAGGAGGAGAAUUUAAAAAAAAAAAAAGCCUCGCUGGAUGUUUAUGGACUUUUUCCCCUCACACAUCGGACUGAGAGGGGUUUUAAAGUUGGCACCGGAGGAAUAAUAGACGCACCCUUCAGAAAAGAGGAUCCGCAUCUUCAUAAUAAAUUGCGGGGAUUUGUUGAUUUACAGUAAAAGACAAAAAAAAAAAAAAAAAAAAAAAUCUCACCGUUUUGUCUGCUGAAAACGGACAUACAAGACUUUUUUUUUCUUUCUGGGAUUGUUUAUUUUUUAUUUUUAUUUUAAGAAGAGAGGAUUUACCUGAUCCGGACAAGUUGUGAUUCCCCCACCCCCCACCCCCAUCAAGAAGCAAAACACAGACUGCAAAACCAAAGACAUCAGUGCGCUCAUGAGGAUACAAGAGCUGUGGCUUUGACUUGUUUUUCUUCCAUUUUUCGAUUUCACUGAGAAGAGAAAUACCUCAUAAUUUAUUAAACCUGGAAAGUCAACUCUCAAAUGAAACGUCCACAUUUUCCUUCUCUAACUGUGGCUUCUGCCUAUGUUUCCUCUCUUUGACAAGAACAUUUAAAAGACACAAACAGAAAGAACUACACCUGAAUACUUUCCCCGCACUAUUUAGUAAAGGCUUUAUGCUUUUUCUCCAAAUAAUGAGGCUGGAGACGGUAUAAAAUCUGUUUUAGAAACUCUUUGGUGUGGAUUAUCACCGCUACAAUUACCUCAGCUUGACCUCGACCUUCACAAAGUAGCAGAGUGCAUAAGGUUGGAACAAUGCCAGAUUCACCUGCGGAUGUAAAAACCCAGCCCAGGUCCACCCCACCCACCAUGCCUCCUCCACCCCCGGCUGUUAGCCAAGCAACCAAUCGCAACGCUUCAUUUACCCCUACCACCAGUAAAUCAAUGCUUAACGGUAGCAGCCACUCUCCUACAUCGCUGAACGGUGCUCCAUCAACUCCUAACGGAUUCAGUAACGGGCCAGCCAUGUCCUCGACAGCUUCACUGUCCAAUCAGCAGCUGCCGCCAGCGUGUGGAGCCCGGCAGCUUUGCAAACUGAAGCGCUUCCUGACCACACUGCAGCAGUUUGGCAACGAUAUAUCACCUGAGAUUGGAGAGAGAGUGCGCAGUCUUGUGUUGGGGCUAGUGAACUCCACCCUCACCAUCGAAGAGUUUCACUCGAAACUUCAUGAGGCCACCAACUUCCCUCUGAGGCCUUUCGUCAUUCCCUUCCUGAAGGCAAACCUGCCCCUGCUUCAGAGGGAGUUACUCCAUUGUGCAAGGUUGGCCAAACAAACUCCAGCUCAGUAUCUGGCCCAACACGAGCAACUUCUCCUGGAUGCCAAUGCCAGCUCACCCCUUGACUCCUCUGAGAUCAUGAUGGAGAUGAAUGAGCAUGGCAAGAGAAGGACCCCUGACAGGACCAAAGACAGCUCUGAGAGAGAUGGCUUACAUGCAGAGCACCUCGCUAAGAGGCCCUGCACCAUCAGCCCAAGUCAACGCUUCAGCCCCAGCACAGGCCUUCCUGCUCACCCACCUCCCAACGGCCUCCCCACGCACCCUCCCAACGGCCUGCCCCACCCUCCUAAUCCCCAAGUGGGUCCCCAGCACUACCGCUUAGAAGACAUGGCCCUGGCGCACCAAUACAGAGACGUUUACAGACAUAAUGAACACCGUGACGGCCGAGACAGGCACAGACAGACAGCUGUGCAUGGAACCCGCCAAGAGGAGGUGAUCGACCACCGUCUCACAGAUCGAGAGUGGGCAGAGGAAUGGAAACACCUUGAUAAUCUCCUGAAUUGCAUCAUGGAUAUGGUGGAGAAGACGCGUCGCUCUCUGACGGUGCUGCGCCGCUGCCAGGAGGCCGACCGAGAGGAGAUGAAUCACUGGAUACGACGAUACAGUGACGUUGAGGAGAUGAAAAAAGGUGGGAGCAACGGACAGCACUGCCUUCCUCCUCCUCCUCCUCUACCUCCUCCUACUCCUCACCACAACUCCUCCUCCAACACAGCUAGCAGCAGCGAGUCACUGCCCAUAGGAACUUCCUCGGCUGCUGAAAGGCAGACAGGCAGACAGACAGAAAUCCACAGAGACUUCUUGCACAGGCCUCCCUCAGGAUACCUGCCUGAAGAAAUCUGGAGGAAAGCUGGUACUACAAGCAUCCCGCUCUCCCCAGCACUAAAGCACCUCCAAAACAAGCAGGAAGAGGCAGUGAACGAGGUGAAGCGACAGGCGAUGUCAGAGCUGCAGAAGGCAGUGUCAGACGCUGAGAGAAAAGCUCAUGAGAUGAUCUCAGCUGAACGCUCUAAAAUGGAGAGGGCACUGGCUGAGGCCAAGAGGCAGGCCUCUGAGGAUGCACUAACAGUCAUCAACCAGCAGGAGGACUCCAGUGAAUCUCACCAGAGCUGCUGGAAUUGUGGAAGAAAAGCGAGCGAGACGUGCAGCGGCUGCAACACGGCUCGCUACUGUGGCUCUUUCUGCCAACACAAAGACUGGGAGAAGCACCACCACGUCUGCGGUCAGGGCCUACAGGGGCUGCCGGGGGGCACUAACGUCCCUCUAGGCACCCCCUCCUCCUCUUCCACGUCUUCAGCAUCCUCCAGUGCACCGCCCACCCACUCAGAGAGCACUCCUCCAGGACCCUUGUCCCUGGCAGGUCAGAGCAGUAUUGCAGGAGGUGCAGGCAGCGGAAGUGGGAGUGUUUCAGCGAGCCCCAAGGAGAGCAGUUCCAGCAGUGCCUCUCGCUCCACAACUCCAGCCACCCCCGCCCUACUGGAAGCCACCUCUCGCUGACAUCUGACCCUUGAACUUUUGUGCAUACUAAUGCGACAGUGCCCACACUCCACACAAAACCAAACUGAGGAAUCUUCAUCGCACACUGCUCCCUUUCCUCUUCCUUUAUGUCAGUCCUCAUUUCCCUCUCAGCAUAAGCUCUUCUGAAAAUCGUCUCACUACCUGAUGAUGGACUUGUUUUCUCAACUCAUUACAUUCAAAUCAAAAAACAUUUUCUGCCUUUCUUUUUUCAUACCCACAGCCAGAAAUUGAAAGAUUCCACCCUGGGGCUCAGUGUAAUCUAAAGCAUGAAAAGCAUCUCCUAUCUCUGUGUUCAGUUACAGAAACAUAUCAGAUGUGUUUGCCGAGAACAUGACUUGGAGACAUGUUCUCAGUAAUGUCAGUAUGAUCCACCUAUGGACACAAGACAAGGGCUGUGGUAAAGCAACACUGAUCAGGAGAUGACCAGACACAUAAGCACUGGGGUAGGAUUUCCCUUUAAUUUAGCACCAAUGAGAGAACAGUACCCUGUCCUUAGAUGUGCACUACCAGUUCACUGAUGUGGCACUUUUUUACAUGUCCAAAUGGACACAGGCAAGAGACAUAGUACCUUUUUUUUUCCCAAAUGAAUGAGGGAAGGGGGAAAAAAAAACCUGUGAUGCGAUUCAUUCCUCAGAAACACAGCUUAGUAUUUAUUAAAUAUUUCUUUCUGGCUUUAAGGGAAAUAAAGAAAAGUCCAAAUAUUCUAAAUAAAGAAUAAUAAUGAUGCUGAUGCUGAUGCUGAUAAUAAUGAUAUGAAACUAAAUAAAUUUUAAACUGCUAACUACCUUGCUAGCGAGCCAAGAAAAUCUACACCGGACUCACCUCUCUGCACCAUGUGAACCCAAAUGAAUUCAAAGAUGAAAAAUAACCUGAUCCAAACCUUUGUAUUACACUGCCAAAGUGAGUAAGUAAGCGAUAAGGAGAAGCACUCAUAACCAAACGCAAAGCAACAUCACCUCCUCAGCAGAUAAGCCAGCCCUGAGAGGAAAUGGCUGCAAAGAAGCUGCAAACGGGACCCAGAGAUAGUCAGAAAAAAACUGUGACCUGCAGCUGCCUCCUGCAGUUUGGACAAAAAAAAUCCACAGCGAUUCCUCAGUGAUGGCCCAGACUGUGAAUAUGGACAAUGCUGUGAACUUGCCUACAAGAAAGACUUAAAGGAAUGGAUGGAAACCCUGCCACAGUGUGAUUUUAGUGAACGGUAACAGAGAGGACAGAGUAAAAAAAAAAAAAAAAAAAGAGGAAAGGAAAAGCUACACAGCCUCAAAGGAGUUGACGAUAACAUUCAUGGAGCUGCCAAAAACCUCAAAACAAGCUUGUCCAGGAAUGCAUUGCAAACUACGGAUACAUAAGAAAAAAAAAUGUUUGUAAGUUGUUUUUUUAAAGCUCCAUCAAAAGGAGAUAUUUCAAGGAAUUGCUGUUACCUUUACAUUUACUCCCUCCUUUUCCAAAGCAUGAUAAACAGAUUAAAGAGCCUAGUGAAGGGUGGUGUAGACUUGGUUCUCCUUUCUCUUUCUACCUCCCCUCACCCCACACCUCCCUUCAAACGCUCUUCCCUGACUACUUGACUCAAGUCUGCCCCUGAACCCCAGCCCGCUUUGGACGUCACUUCAGAGCAGUCACGUGGGGAGGGAUCGAACCUGCUUGUAGAUAUUGUUCCUCUUUUCAUUUUUCAAUAACGUCUCUUGUCGCUGAUGUCCACAUGUGCUGCCCUUGUGUAUAUCCAGAAAGACGGACUUUGUUUUGGUUCUGUUACCUUUCAUUUUGCUCCUUUAAGUUUGGGCUGAGCAGUGAAGUCAGAGUAAAGACACUCUUAUAUGAGAGGAAGCCCCACAUUGUACUUAUUGUUUGAUUUGUUGUAUCUAUAUUAAUGAGAUGAAACCCCUCUUGUAGAAUAUUUUGUACUGCUCGCAUUGUAAGACAGUGAGAGGACAGAGGUGCAAUAUGAAGAGAAUUCAGCUACUGAAUGGAACCUCAGCAACUGCCCAUAGGGUGUCAUAUAAUAUAGAUACAUAUAAAUAUAUUUAAAGUAACAUCAGUAACUUAAUGUGAAUGUACAUAGUAUUUAAAGAGGUCCAAAAAUGUGUUUGCCAAAUAACAGAAACCUUUAAAGAUUAAUGUCCAGAAUAUGAUUUUUUUUUUUUUUUUUUUCACAGUACGUUUUUUUUUUUUUUUUUUUUUUCAAAUUUAUCAUUAUUUUCCAAGUUAACACUCAAAUUUCACUGAAAUCAGAAAUAUUGACCCUGAGUCAAGGAGACUGUUGGUAACAGAGGUAAUAUGGCGCCUUACAGAACAACAGUGCAUGUAGCUGAAAAUGGAUGAAAACAGAUUGAGGGUGGAUACAAAAACAUUUCUGCAUUUUUUAGGCCAUAGUUCAACAACCUCGCAAGUCAUUUUUACAAAAGAGAACAACUGGCUUAAAUAUCCAUAGAUGUAUUAAAUGGUUAGAUUUCUGUACUCCUUCAUCCACCCCAGGUCAGUUUGCAUCCUGCAGAACAGGACUCAGCCAUGUGCAUUGUAGACUGGUAUUGACAGAAAAACCCAAGUCCAUAUAGUUUGUCAUUAAAGAGAAAAAGACCGGGGGCUGUUUUUUUGUUUUGUUUUGUUUUUUUAAUUAAGCACCAAAUUUACUCCUGUCCUUGAUUUGUCAGUAAUUCUUAUGACUCAGUGUGAACAUUUGCCAUCCUAUGGGGGUAAAGCGGCGCAGUAGUGAGCCUCUGUCUUGGUCCUCAUCUAUCUGUGAGUGUGUGCGUGUGUGUGUGUGGUCAGUAAUGUUUGUUUCAUCCAGGUGCAGGAAAAUCCAUUAACUACAUUUACUGUAGAGUUUAAUGAUACACCAGUGUUAAGCUACAGUAAAGCAAACCUCAAAGCUAGUUUUGACACCCAGUCAUUUUUAAUUAUUGUUUUGUUUUUACUGAUUAUUCCUAUUUGUAAAGUUUGAGCAUAAGCUGAAGAUCUGAGAGCGAACCUUUUUCCAGUCAAAGAGGGUUUUUUUUUUUAAGCCUUCCUACAUGCUAUGGUAACCUCUAACAGGUUAACAUAUUUAUUUAAUACAUUUUCUGAAGCUUGUUAGCUGUUGCUCAAGCAAAUGCUAUACUGAAAACCCUAAAAACUACACAGAUGGCCUCUUAAAAAAGUGGACCAAACUUGAAAAAUAAGGUGUUUUUGUUGUGCUUAAGCAGCAUUGCAAAAAUGAAAAUUCUGCAUAUGUUGCUUUUUCAUUCAUCAUGGAUAUACUGCGUAACUAUUUUCAUUUUAAACCAUCUGUGACAUGAUAGAAACUUCAAUAAGCUGCAAGUUAUCCCUGCAUCUGUGUGUAGCAUCUACUGUAUGUGUGUGUGUGCUAUUAUUUCUCUGAUAUGAUGUUGACCCAGCCUUUUUUGCUCCUUGCCCCCACCCCCACCCCCACCCCCACACACCCCCCUUGUUCUACCACAGACCACUCUUCACAACCCCUCACACCAUCUACCUCCUGUGACCAUACAGCUAACCACCAGGAAAGGUUGACCUGGACUUUGAAAAGCAAGGCUGAAAGCAGACAUGGAAACACAAAAGCAAUCUGUUAGAAAAUCAUUUUUUGAAGCCGAGCGCUGAAAGGUGUUGUCAUCUCUAUUGAUGUGGAAGGAUACGUACCAGUUGUUCCAGAUCUCACAUUUUGGAUUUCAUUCCAUCAGCAAAACGACCACUGCUACAAUUUAAUAAGAAUCUUGCUAUAGACAUGCAUAUACAUUACAGUCAAACAUACAUAGUACCAAACUGAACACAUAUGUAAACCAUAACAUGCCAUUUGUUGUCCAAAACCAAUAAAAGCACAGACCAAAGUUCUCUUGCAUUGCCAUAUAGGCUUUGACACAGUGUGUAUUGACAGACCAGUAAUAAUAAAGUUCAAGCUUGACUACACCAGUUAACCAAAGCGUCUGAAAUACACACACUCAGAGCACAAGAGUGAAGAGCACACUGACUGAACAGGCUGAAUCUCAGAUGUGUAGAAAUCUUAUUCAAGCAAUCAAAGCGCUUGUUGUCUACAUAUUGAAUAGUGCUUCUGCGAAACAACAGAGGCAUCUCCUUUAGAAAGCCUGCUGAUUGUGUGUUCAUACAGUUACAAAGCCUUGCAGAGAUAAAAUGAAUGCAUGGUGGAUGUGUGAUUGUGGUUGAAUGGCGUUAUGUUUUUUUUUUCUUUUUGGUUUUUUUUUUUUUUUUUUAAAUUAUCCUUUUAUUUUGUGUCUCUGUACAAACUACUUGAAACCUUCAGAGCUUUAAUGAAACAUCCCAGACAAACUAGUGGCAGUGCGAUACACAAUAUGUAGCAACAGCUUUGUGCAGUAAAGUACAGUGGCUGUGUACAAUAUCCACAUCAAGACGAGACUGUAAUGACAACUCCAUUCAACUGGAAAUGAUUCACGUGUGCUUCCAUGUCUGCAAGUAGGCUAUCAGAUAAACAAAGCCAAAUCCAAUAGACCACAAAUUAAUGACCAAAAUACAACCAAAAGUUUUAUUUUUUAGUUUUUCUUUUGGAUUUUGAGUGACAGCCCUGCAUUAAAGAACGUCUCCAAGGUGGGCUGUGUAGGACAUGAGGUUACAGUCCAACAAAACAAGUUGACCUGUGGUGGGAAGAGCAAACUGUCCGUUAUUGAGAUCCUCCGUGUGAGAUCAUUGGCCUGGAUAGAAAAGGUCAGAUCAAUACUGUCAAUCUGUGCAGCUGGGUGUAACAUACAUUAAGUCAUGAAAAAAACAAGAAGUGAUAUUUUACGCUGAGGUGUCAUAGUUUUCUCUGCACUCUGUUAAGAUAUUGUAGAUGGCAAACGCAUAAGGGCUCUGUUGUUGUGAAUACCAUCGAAGGGUCUCCGAACACUUUACAUCAGCCACUUUUCUAUUUGUUUAAUUAUGUACAUGAUAUGGGCAAAACGCAUGUUUAGAAAAGACAAAUAUUAGCAGGUUGGCCUUUGUCUCUCGCUACCCCAACCAGUAACUCUACCAAUGAAGUUUCAUGGCUCAUCUGACUUGAUGGUGACAUGUCCUUCCUGUGAAACAGGCACUGAUGAACAGCUACAAUAGAAAGCUAAAGGUGAACAGUGGAUACAGCACUUGUUUUCCCAAAAGCCAUGGCUCAGGAUGGUCCUGUUUUUACCUUUACAUAAAUUGAAGAAGGUUUAUGGUUUUAUAUGUGUAGGGAAGCAUUCUAUACUGUAUUGUGCAAUACAUUAUUACAGAAAAAAAACAUGUUUCUGUAGGAAAGGUUGGCGCUUUGAUCUUUCUCCUUUUGUUUUAUUUCCCUCUUCAAAAGGUCAUGUUGCCGUUUUUAGAUGAAGUAAACUGUGCCAGAAGAAUUAAAUUCUGAUUUAUAUUUAUUUCUUGCAUGCUUUCCUCCCUGUUGCUAAUACCGCUCUUUAACUGUUCGCUCUGUUGGAUGUGUGAAGCUGUAAAACAUUCUAAUUCAGGUUAUUGUCUGUGUUGAACAAUGUAACUGUGUAAUUAAAACAUGAAAUUAAGUAUUCA